CGUCUAGUUAAUGUCAGAGAGUUUCGAACUGACUCUCUUCUCUCAUCGAAGUGAGGUUUUGUGCUCAGUUCCUUUUCUACCGGAUUUUUGCGUUAAGUCGUAAGAUUCAAGGCGACGGGUGGUUCACCACAUACCCCUCCAAACCCCAAUCUACGCAGCCCGUGUGCUUCGGUAUCCAGUGCCAAAGGCCAAUGUGUCCUGUGAAACCCUUACUCCCCGAACUGCAGAUACACACUGAAUUCCGACGCCGCCCUGCAAGGGCGCACAGCCUGCCGCCGAAAAGGGUCUCGCUUUUACAUCUCAUCGCUCUCAUGAGGAUUCGUUCCGGCCCCGAAUCCUUUUCUAUCCAAGGACACGCUCGCCCCCUAAGGGAUCCAAUCAGCAAGAGCUUCUCUCCAGCAAACAUGGGAAGUAAAGGUCUUCAGUAACGAUCAAUUGGUGCCCGGCUACGACCAUGCAGCGCGCAGCGCUCGCAAUCAGCAGAAGAUUGAGAGAAGAGCAGGAAGUCGUCGGCACUACGGAUAAUUUGUGUGUCCGGGUGAUUUGUGUGUCCGUCGGGCAAUCGGACGGACGGACGUGUCUUGUCAUUCCGACUUGGAUCUACGCCGUCGCUGGUGCAGAGGAAGCCAGCCUGUGACCGCGCCGCAUGCCCUCCGAAUUUCUUUCUGCGCUCUGACGUGCAUACCAACAGGCCCCGACGCAAGAAGAAGCAUCACCACAAAUACAUCAUACAUAUGUCUUCUGUUUCUCUCGGAAUGAUCGUCCCCCCUCGAUUGAUCGUACUGUGACUGAAGCUCUUCGACUUCUUGGAAGGUGACAAAUCAUGUCAGUCAGACUGUCUGAUCUGGAACCCAGGUCCACGCGUAGUCCGCAGAGUUUCUCAAGAGAGACACCUCCAGUUCCAAAGGGACUUUGGAUCGCGGAACCUUUUACGUGGAAUCUACUGAGCUUCUACGCACCGAACUGUGGACCAUAUGCGACACGGCGCCCCGAAAACGUUCUCGAUACUUCCGAUAUCAUUAGGGCCUAUGGUCUAGGCACAGAAAAGGGCGCCGGUAGCUCAUAAGUUCCCUUCUCCAAAUGUCGAGCCCGACCGCGUCCGAUGAUUGUCCGGUCUGCUGCAAAUAGAUGCAUACAGCCGCUGCAGGGUUCACACAACUUGCGAAAAUCCCUGAGUGAGGGCUGCUCCUACCAGUGCAAGUGCCCGCUCCAGGGCUAUCAUCUAUUGCAUUUCACGAUCAACUCAGGGGAGAGCAGUGUGCGGCAAGGUAACGUACAUCUCCUGCUGUGCAUUUGCAGAUGAAAGUCGUCCUGUUGCACGUACCCCUCGAUAUAUUCACCUGAGAGAUCAACAAUCCAUACCAGCCAGGGUUGAUUUCCUGUGGGAAUGCCGUUUGUAUGCGACUGCCAAUGCCAAGAUAUCCAAUCGAUUAUGAUUUGAUCAGAUCAAUCGCGUACUUGGACAAAUGCAGUCUACCCGCUUUCUCCGUCCACCUUGGUCGUGCGCCCCUCGAUCGAGAACUUAUUCUUAAACUCUUUAAUGUGUGACGAACUCCCGUACGACGCCGCCGUCGCCGCGAUUAAGGCGCUGGUUCCGGAGAGCCUGCACACACCGCGAGUCGGGAUCGUCUGCGGCUCGGGUCUUGCGGGGAUCGCGGAGAGCAUCAGGGACCUGGUCCUCGUGCCGUACGAUGUGGUGCCCGGAUUCGCAGAGAGCACAGUCCCCGGGCACAAGAGCUCGCUCGCCUUCGGUUUUAUGGGUCCGAAGGAGGGCUGCGUGCCUGUGAUAGCGAUGCUGGGCAGAUUCCAUCCGUACGAAGGACACGACAUGCGUACAGUCGUCUACCCCAUUCGCUUGAUGGCCCGACUGGGAAUCAAGGAGUUAAUUGUUACCAAUGCUGCAGGAGGAUUGAACCCCAAUCUUACAGUGGGCACCAUCGUCGUGCUGCACGAUCACCUGGCUAUCCCCAAUCUGUCAGGUAUGAACCCCCUUCUCGGCCCGCCCUCCUCCCCCAGCGUGCCGCGCUUCCUCCCCCUGUCCGAUGCAUACUCGCCGCGCCUGCGGCGGCUGCUUUUCCUCGCCGCACACGAGCUGAAGCUCGAGGCAUCCGCGCUCGCGGAGGGGACCUACGCCUGGGUCAGCGGGCCGACGUACGAGACCCCGGCGGAGGGCCGGUUCCUGCGGCUGGUCGGGGCCGAUGUCGUCGGGAUGAGCACGGUCCCGGAGGUGCUCGCUGCGCGCGAAGCCGGUAUCAGCGUCCUGGCACUUAGCCUGGUCACGAACGCGGUGGUCAUCCCACAGGGGUACCGCAGCAUCAAGGCUGAGGUUGCUGCUGAGCUUGCGGGCUCGCCCACGGUGGCCCCGGUAGAGGCUGUGGUGUCUCAUGAAGAAGUACUGGAGACCGGGCGCGCCAAAGGAGAAAUUGUGAUGAAACUGGUGGAAUGGGUCGUUGGGGCUAUCCCCAACGCCGCCUAGAUUUUAGAGCAGAUUACUGUUCACAUAAUGGGGAUGAAUUACGCGUAAUGGAUGCCUUGAGCAUCGAAGUCUUUUUACAUGGACAUCUUCACAGAUG